GAAAGCAAGGGCACACCCACUUUGCUACGGUGGCCUGAAAGGUGCGAGGCUGGGGCGUAAUAGAAUUGAUCAUUUCUGAACUUCACAGUCGUGAUGUCUUUCAAGAGGGAAGGCGAUGAUUGGAGUCAACUCAAUGUGCUCAAAAAACGAAGAGUCGGAGACCUGCUGGCCAGUUACAUCCCAGAGGAUGAGGCGUUGAUGCUCCGGGAUGGACGCUUUGCUUGUGCCAUCUGCCCUCACCGACCGGUCCUGGACACUUUGGCCAUGCUGACUGCCCAUCGUGCAGGCAAAAAGCAUCUGUCUAGCCUGCAGCUUUUCUACGGCAAGAAGCAGCCAGGAAAUAGAAAGGAGCAGAACCCAAGACAGCAGAGUGAAUCAAGACGGGAAGAGGCCAACGCUGAGGCCCCUCUGUUAGCCCAGACUCGCCUCAUCACCCAGAACGCUCUGCACAGAGCUCCUCACUACAGCAGCUGCUGCCGCCGGAAGUCCAGACUAGAAGCCACCCAGCCCUCUGCCUCCCAUUCUCCUUUGCCACCCCCAGAGGUUGAACUCCAAAGGGAGAAGAUCAGUAGGGACCCUGGGCCAGUGGCUGGCACCCAGACCGAGGAGUCAGCAGCUGUUAAGAGUCAGGAGUCAUCCCCUGUACCUCUGAGCCCUGCAAGAAAGCGCGCCCUGGACCAUUACCUCAAACUUCGCAGCUCUGGAUGGAUCCCAGAUGGACAAGGCCGAUGGGUAAAAGAUGAGAAUGUUGAGUUUGAUUCUGAUGAGGAGGAGCCCCCAGGCCUCCCCUUGAGCUGACACCCUCUCUCCCCAUUCACUUCACAAAUAAACUGCACCAGGUGCUGGGCGCCUGACUUUCCUCAA